UCUCCACCCCAUUGUUGGGGUGACACAGAUUAAAGAAUGGGCUACGAGGUUUCAUGGCUGGGAAACGCCGGCGCCCCUCUCGCCACGUCGGCCCGACGUCGGCCCUUCAGUCGCCGCUUCUCCUCGAAGUCGAUCUCCGCUAGCAGCGUCGACGGAGUGCCCGGGUCGGCGGCGCCCGUGGAUCGACGCUGGUAUAAUCCAGACAGGAGGAAGAGAGAGUUUUAUUCCCCUCCGAAACCCGUUCGGCGUUGGGUCCAAGCCGAGCACACGACGCUUCACGAUUGCCCAAGCAAAGACAGUUUUGUGCUUCUUUCAUACAAUAUCUUGGGGGAAUAUAAUGCUUCUAAACAUCAUGAGCUUUAUUGGAAUAUUCCUUCUGAUUUUAUGAACUGGAACUCAAGGAAGAGGCUCAUCUGCCAUGAAAUCAGAAGGUGGAAUGCUGAUUUACUUUGCCUUCAGGAAGUCGAUAGGUAUGAAGAUAUCUCUAUAUGUAUAAGGAGAAAAGGUUAUGUUGGCGGCUAUAAGGGACGCACUGGAGGGGCUAAGGAUGGAUGUGCUUUAUUCUGGAAAAAAGAACGGUUCAAAUUACUUGAGGUGGAUAACAUUGAGUUUAGGUCUUUCGGUCUGCAUAAUAAUGUUGCUCAGCUCUUUGUCCUUGAGUUAUCUGAAGAUGAUCAAAGGAGGGUAGUAGUUGGAAAUAUUCAUGUACUAUUUAAUCCAAAGCGUGGAGAUGUCAAGUUUGGACAGGUUCAUAGACUCUUGCUGAAGGCAAAUGCGCUUUCAGAAAAAUGGGGUGGAAUUCCUGUUGUGCUUGCUGGUGAUUUUAAUAGUACACCGGAGAGUGCAAUCUAUGAGUUUUUGUCAACAUCUAAGCUGAACAUUGCUUUGCACGGCAGAAAAAAAGUAUUUAGGCAGGAUAAAUGUCAGUUUGUCCUAGAUGAUCUGCCUUGUUUAAUCAAUGAUUGGACUGGUGAAAAUUUGACAAGGGCAAUUGUGAAUUCACAUGAUUCACUAAUUACACAUCCAUUGCAGCUGAAAAGCUCUUAUGCUAGUGUUCAGAGAAAUGCAAGUACAAGAAAUUCUCAGGGUGAACCACUAGCAACCAGCUGCCACUCCAAGUUUCUUGGGACUGUUGACUAUAUCUGUGAAGGUACUCAACUGGACUUGCUUGUACCAGAGUUCUGGAUACACUGCCCUUGGACACGCUAAGGAAGCUAGGUGGCCUACCUUGCAAGGAUAUUGGAAGUGAUCACUUGGCUCUAGUAGCUGAGUUCAAAUUCACAGGAGGCAAUGAGUUACAACAGGAUAGGAACUAACUUGAUAGGAGCUAGAAGAGGAGGAAUUGAUAGGAGCAUUUCGAUGUUGUCUUUGGAUUAAUUUAGCACCGUCAUCCUUUUUUCAUUGGACAUUGCACUCCCAGAUCAAGCAUCUUUGUGAAGGUCAAGAUUGUGGCAAAAGCCACCGUAUUCCUCUGCAACAUGCAAACAAUUGAAAAAAAUUGAUGUACUCUAUACUUGUUACACUAAUAUAAUGUAAACAGCUGUCUUGUACACACAACCAGGCACCCUUAAUUUCCUUGAUCAAUAAGCUCCCAUGAAAAACUGCCAAAGAUGAAAAUAAUUUGAACUUCUCAGGAACA